AUGGGCGGCGGCGGCCCGCGGCGGCCCGGCGCUCUGCCGCUGCUGGUGCUGGCGCUGCUGGCGGCGCAGGGCGGCGCGGCCCCCCUGCAGCCCGGCGGCUCCCCCGCGCUCACCAAGAUCUACCCCCGCGGCAGCCACUGGGCUGUGGGACAUUUAAUGGGGAAAAAGAGCACUGGAGACUUUCCUUAUGUUUAUGAAGAAGAAAACAAGACCCCGCUUUCAGCAUUACCUGAAAAUACCAAGCAGCUGGAAGACUAUCUGCAGUGGGAAGAAAUCUCAAAAUAUUUGCUACGGCUGCUGGAAGGGAAUGAAAAUAAAAGUGCCCACUUUGUAAAAGGAGGGCUUCCCUGGUAUGCCAGGAACACCUGGGAGACAGAUGACAAUAGCAGUUGGAAAGAUAUGAUGGACUAUCUGCUUCAAGUUGUGAGUACGAAAGAGAGCACUCCAAGCUGA